AUGUUUGACUCUAAACUUUUAGAUAUCCCAGCUGUGAUAUUUGACAACGGAUCUGGAUUAUGCAAGGCUGGUAUUGCAGGGGACAGUGCGCCAAGGUCAGUUAUUACAGCAAUUGUUGGUCGCUCGAAAGCCAAAGCAACGAUGCUAGGAGCAGGACAGAAGGAAUUUUAUGUUGGAGAAGAAGCCCAGUCCAAAAGGGGUGUCUUAAGUUUGAAUUAUCCAAUCGACCACGGCAUAGUUACAUCCUGGGAUGACAUGGAGAGGAUCUGGAGACAUGUCUACGAGUGUGAGCUGAGAAUCAAAGCUAGCGACAGGCCGGUGCUACUGACGGAGGCCCCACUCAAUCCCCUACAGAACCGGGAAAAAAUGACUGAGAUCAUGUUUGAAGGCUUUAAGGUGCCUGCCAUGUAUGUGGCAGUGCAGGCAACGCUGGCACUCUAUGCCUCAGCACGCACCACAGGGAUAGUAAUGGACAGUGGAGAUGGAGUUACCCACACCGUACCCAUCUACGAAGGAUACUGUUUACCCCAUGCAGUUUCCAGGCUGGAUAUCGCAGGCAGGGAUAUCACUGAAUACUUCAUGAGACUCCUUUUGGAAAGUGGCCACUCCUUCGUGAGCACAGCUGAGAGGGAGAUCGUGAAAGAUAUCAAGGAGAAGCUGUGCUAUGUGGCUUUAGAUCCCGUCAAAGAAACGAAAGCAAAGCCAGAAGAAAUCCUCAAAGAAUACAAACUGCCUGAUGGAAAUAUCAUUAAGAUAGGCAAUCAGCUCUUUCGAGCCCCGGAGACCCUUUUUAUGCCCGCUAACAUUGGUAUCGAAGCCCCUGGGGUGCACAAAAUGAUCUUCAACAGUGUGAUGAAAUGUGACAUUGAUGUUCGCAGGGAUCUUUACGACAAUGUGCUUCUUUCCGGUGGGUCCACCCUAUUUCCUGGACUGGAUGAACGGAUCCUGAGGGAGAUGCAGCGGCAAGUGCCCAUCGGGAUGGCCGUACGGGUCAUAGCACCGCCCGAGAGGAAGUACUGUGUGUGGAUCGGGGCCUCCAUCCUCACUUGCUUGUCAGCUUUUAAAGAAAUGUGGGUCACCGUCAGUGAUUACAAAGAGUUUGGUGCUGCUGUAGUACACAGAAAAUCGCCUAGCACAAAGGUGUCCUCGGUCUGUGUAAGGCUCCUAAGUGCUGAGCUUCCCAGAGGCAGCUUUUUUAGAAACUAUUUAAGGUCUAGGGGGAAAGCUGAAGUGAUGUUUAAUCCCCAAACUUUAGAUAUUCCAGCUGCGAUUUUUGACAAUGGAUCAGGGCUAUGUAAAGCUGGCCUGUCAGGAGAAAUUGGUCCAAGACACAUCAUUCCUACAGUUAUUGGCUGCCCCAAAACAAAUAUGUCACUGUCAGGAGCAGCUCAGAAGGACUGCUGUGUGGGAGAAGAAGCCCAGCACAAACAGGAUGUGUUGUCUUUGAAGUAUCCCAUUGAACAGGGUAUAGUUACAUCUUACGAUGAUAUGGAGAAGAUCUGGAAGCAUAUCUAUGAGCAUGAAUUGGGACUGAAAGCCUCUGAGAGGCCUGUGCUAAUGACUGAGACCUCUUUGAACCCAAUGGAGAAUCGAAAAAAAAUGACUCAGCUGAUGUUUGAACGGUUUAAGGUGCCUGCUUUCUACCUGUCUGUCCAUGCCAUAUUGUCGCUCUAUGCCUCAGCACGCAUCACAGGACUGGUCAUAGACAGUGGAUUUGGUGUUACCCAGACAGUACCAGUCUACGAAGGGUACUACUUACCCCAUGCUGUCUGCAGGCUGGAGGUCGCAGGCAGAGAGAUCACAGAGUUCCUCGCGAAGCUCCUGGUGGAAAGUGGGCAACGCUUUGAGAGCCUGGCGAAGAAGAAGAGUAUCAUAGAGGACAUCAAGGAGAAGUUGUGCUACGUGGCUCCAGAUCCACACAAAGAAUUAGCCAAGAGGCCAGAAGAGGUCCUGAAAGAAUAUAAACUGCCUGAUGGGACUCUAGUCAGUAUUGGCAGCCCACUCUUUCAAGCACCAGAGAUCCUCUUUGCGCCAGAUAGCACUGGUAACGAAGCACCAGGCCUUAAUAGGAUGAUUGCUCACAGUAUUUCAAAGUGUGACGUCAAUAUUCACAACACUCUCUAUGGGAACAUGGUGCUGUCGGGUGGUUCGUCCCUCUUUCAUGGGCUGGAUGAGAGGAUUUUUAAGGGACUAGAACACCAGGUCCCCAAAGGGGUUCCUAUAAAGAUCAUAGCACCCACAGACAGGUGGUUUUCUGCAUGGAUCGGGGCUUCUGUAAUUACUUCCUUGACCAGCUUCAAGCAAAUGUGGAUCACUGCAGCUGAUUACAAGGAUUUUGGACCAAACAUUGUCCAAAGAAGAUGUUUUUAA